CAAGACAUUUAUUGAUAUGAGGGAAUUAUGGGAGAAUAGUGGGCGUACAGUAAAGUUAGCACGUAUUAAAUUGUUAAGUUAUUUAAUAAAAUCAAAGUCAUGACAAAUUGACUGGAUUAAUGUAAUAGAUGAAGAAUUACGGUGUAUAUACGUAUUUGGUGGAGACAUUAUAACAAGGUUUUUAAGACAGUGUAGGAAAAGACUGAGCUGGCACGAUGGCUGAAGUAGACGGUCGUUCAACUUUAACUGACAUUGACAUUGUGUGUACCCCUUGUUUUGAGGGUAAUAUUCGAGAACAAGCUGUGAAAUAUUGUCCUGAAUGUCAGGAAUUUUUGUGUACAGGAUGCACACGACACCAUGGAAGACAGAGGAUGAGUCGUUCUCAUAAACUCGUAGACAAGAACGAGGUUAAACAAGGGUCACGUGUGAUCGUGACAGCAAAAUGUUUAUAUCACCCAGAUCGUGACAUAGAGAUGUACUGUGAGGAACAUGACAUGGUUUAUUGUUUAAAGUGUAUUGCUACAUACCAUAGGUCCUGUAGGGGAGUGUCAGGUUUAGACGACUUAUCAGUUUCUACUGAUCAGAAAAGAGAAACAGAACGUUUAAAGGCUGACAUUAUGAACAUCCAAGACCGUUUAGAAAAUACUGAUAAAAAAACGAAAACAAACAUGAAAAGCAUUGAGGAACAAAGAAAUGACAUCAUUUCGCAAAUAGAGGGACUUGCGCGCGGUUGGAUGGAGCAUAUCCAAAAGUUGGAGCGUGAAGCUUUGGAAGGCCUUGAUGCGGAAUAUUCUUUGGUCAAAGGAGAACUGGAGACAAAUAUUUCUAUGUUAAGUAAAGCUAAACAAGAAAUUGAGCAAGUAAGAAGUCAGCUACAAGACGUGGACAGUCUGGAAAAAAUACAACAAUUUGUUCAGACAAAACUGACACAACAAACUUUAAAUAAUGCAGUUAAGGUGUUAAAACAAAUUGAAGCUAAGGGCAGCCAAUCAUUAAAUUUAAAGGAAAAUACAGAAUUAAAGUCUUCAGUCAGUUCAUCAAAAUUUUUAGUGUCUGUACAAAAAAUAUCAGAAAGCAAAAGUUUACUGACAACAAGAACGUAUAAAGUAAGUUCACAGAAGGAGGAAAAUAUCCGCAUGAAAAACGACAAGAGCCAUCCCUACAUUUGUGAUGUAUGUCAGCUUCCAGACGGUACAAUCAUACUGGCUGAUUACAAUAAUAUGAGGAUAAAGAGGCUUGAUGUGAAUUAUAACAUUAAAGAUUGUUUAGAUCUAGGAACAUGGCCUACAGGUAUCUGCUAUACUGGUAAUACUGAGGUUGCUGUGAAACUGAACAACGACAAAGUUUGGUUUAUAUCAGUAGGAAACUCAUUAUGUAAGGUGAGAGACAUAUCUGUUACAGGUGGACGUUUCUGGGGAAUUACAUAUUGUGCUGGAGAGUUUUGGGUAUCUGUUGUAAAAAGUGUAAAUAUAUAUAGUAAGACUGGUAAAUUGUUAAAGUCUAUUAGUAAUGAUGUUAGUGGCAAACCGAUGUUUAUAUCAGCUGCACAGCAAAUGGCUGUCAGCGGAGAUAUUGUUAUUGUAACAGAUUUUAGUGAUGGAGCUGUCUGUCUGAACAGAGAUGGUACGGUGAAGAGAGAACUGAGAGAUAAAAGGCUUGCUGAAACACGUGGUGUAUAUGUAUCCAAUGAUGGGACUGUGUUUAUUUCUGGGUUAACCUCAGACAACACCAUGAUGUUUGACAGCGAUGGAAAAUGCCUUGGAGAAUUAGUUACUAAAGAUUCCGGUCUAGUAAAUCCAAUAUCAUUAUUGUUCGACAAGAAGAGAAACUGUUUACUUGCUGCAUGCUAUCCUGACAAAAUUAUAAUUUAUAAUAUUUGACAUUUUAAAAUAUAGUGUAUGCCUUGUUGAUAUGUUGCACAUAGAUUCAAAAUGCGACAUGAGUAGAGAAAGAGUUACAGUAAUAUGAUCAAACAUAUAACAUUUGAACAACGGUCAGCCUCUACAUACAUUUACUUUACCUGUUCAAUGUAUGAUGAUAACUCAAUAGUCAAUACUUAAUGUACGUGUUAAAUUACUGAUAUUCAAUCAAUACCAUAUAAUUAUGCUAUACUGUCUAGCUGUUGGUUUUGUAGUUCAGUUUAUUAUGUAUAGGUUUUAAAGACAUUGACCGUGUGUUUCUGUACAUACAUGUAUACCAUAAAAUCAUUGUAAAUUGUCAGUAUGUCCACAUACCUUUUGUUAAA